AUGGCAGUGCACAAAGACAAAAGACGCAGCGUCUUGGUUACGGGGUGCUCGUCCGGCAUAGGCAAAGCUCUGGUAGACGAACUACGCAUUCAAGGUCUGAGAGUUUUCGCCGGCUCCCGAUCUGUUGACUCGCUAUCGGGAGUCGUGGGCGUGGAACCCCUCGAGCUGGAUCCGGCCAGCCCAGAGUCGAUAGCAAAAGCUCGUGAUGAGGUGAGCAGGCGGACAGGCGGCAAGCUUGACAUCUUAAUCAACAACGCUGGUCAAUGGCUCGAAUCUCCAGCCAUUGAAACCGAUUUGAAAGCGAUCAAGGCCAUGUUCGAUGUCAAUCUCUUUGGUGUUAUGGAAAUGAAUAGGCAAUUCAGCCCAUUGUUGAUCGCCGCAAAAGGUGUUAUCGUCAAUCAUGGAAGUAUGGUUCGAGCUAUGCCGCACCCGAUGACUGCUGCAUACAACGCAUCCAAAGCUGCACUGUCGCAGUACUCUAAUACGCUCCGCCUGGAACUCGAACCUUUGGACGUCAGAGUGGUAGAGCUAGUGACCGGACGGGUCAGUAGCUCUUUGAUCUCGAUUCCCACUCUACCGGAGUCGUCCAUCUACAAACCGCUCGAACCUGCCCUGGUGAAACGAGCUCGAGAGGCUGAAACUGUGCAAGCCCCUGCAGUAUUCGCAAAAAGAGUGGUCAAAUCUCUUCUCGUGGCGAAUCCUGCGCGUGAGAUAUACAAGGGUACCAUGGCGAGUAUUUCAUGGUUUCUGGAGUCUUAUGGACCUAAGUGGAUUUAUGAUCCCAUCAUGAGAACUAUGACGGGACUCAAACAACAUCGGGGGGAGCUUGCGAAGCGUGCAUCCCACAUCGAAGCCUAG